AUGGCAAAAACAUACAUGAAAUCCAAGGAGAUGGUAGAGCUGACCAACACGUCAUCCUGGAUAGACAAAGGCCUGAGCUCCCAAAGUGAGAUGAAGGAGGAGGAGAGGAGACCUGGUGUUUAUGGGAUGCUUGGCAGCUUAACUGAAGAGCAUGACAGUAUGGAGGAAGAAGAAGAGGAGGAAGAUGGGGAGAAACCUAAGCGAAGAGGUCCCAAGAAAAAGAAGAUGACCAAAGCUCGCCUUGAGAGAUUCAGGGCGCGAAGAGUCAAGGCCAAUGCCAGAGAACGGACCCGGAUGCAUGGCUUGAAUGAUGCCCUGGACAACCUCAGGAGAGUUAUGCCCUGUUACUCCAAAACCCAAAAGCUUUCCAAGAUAGAGACGCUUAGACUGGCCAGAAACUAUAUUUGGGCUCUGUCUGAAGUCCUGGAGACAGGUCAGAUUCCUGAAGGAAAGGGCUUUGUAGAGAUGCUCUGUAAGGGGCUCUCUCAGCCCACCAGCAACCUAGUGGCUGGAUGCCUCCAACUUGGACCACAGUCUCCCCUGCUGGAGAAGCAUGAAGAGAAAGCACCUAUUUGUGACUCUACUAUUUCUGGCCACAAUUUUACCUAUCAAUCUCCAGGACUUCCCAGUCCUCCUUAUGGCCAUAUGGAAACACAUCUUCUCCAUCUCAAGCCGCAAGUAUUCAAGAGUGUGGGAGAAGCCCCCUUUGGGAGCCAGCCACCUGACUGCAGUACCCCUCCUUAUGAAGGCCCUCUCACCCCACCUCUGAGUAUCAGUGGGAACUUCUCCUUAAAGCAAGAUGGCUCCCCUGACCUGGAAAAAGCCUACAGCUUCCUGCCACAUUACUCUUCUGCAAGUCUAAGUUCAGGGCAUGCACAUUCAACUCCCUUUCAGGCUGGUACCUCCCAUUAUGACAUUCCCAUAGAUAUGUCUUACGAUUCCUACCCCCACCACGGCAUUGGAACCCAACUUAACACCAUCUUCACUGACUAG